GCUGAAGAACAUUUUCUGUCGUCCGCUUCGGUUGGUGCUGCGCUGGAUAUGAAGUGAAGAUCGGUUUUGCUUGUGAGACAUACCAGGAGAAACCCCACAAACGUCCCCAAAAUGAGGAAGGUCUCGUUAAAAAUGGUCCGUCAACUGAGCCACCGAGCUCAAGUUGAGGCCGAGCGAGCAAGCCGUGCCAAAAAGCGAGUGGAUAAAAUGAAGGCGGACUGCGUGGAUAAAUGGGUGUCCAAAGUGUUCAGAGCUCUGGGAGAGUCCAUAGCCAGGACCCCAGGUUACUACAUCGUGGUGCCGCUCAUGAUAGCCAUCACGCUCUCUACGGGCAUGCAGACGAUCCGCUACCAGGACGACCCGGAGUAUCUUUUCAGUCCAGUGAACGGCCAAUCACACUUCGAUCGUGAGCGACUUUUUCAACUGUUCCCACAAAACACCUCGGAAAGCUUCGAUAUCAGUCGUCUCGUGACCACCGAGAAGUUCGGUCGAGUGAUCUUCCACACGAAGGUAGGCGAGAACCUGCUUCGGAAGGAGGUGUUCGAAGACAUUCUCAAAGUGGACACGCUCAUCAAGAACUUGAAGUCCAUAUGGGAUGAUGACGAGAAGGACUGGAACGAGAUCUGCGCAAAGAGCGAGCCUGGCGUUUGCUUCAACAACGACAUCUUCCACUACACGUUGGAGAAACUCAGAGAGCUGCCCGAAGAUUAUCAGACGGUCAAUCAAACCGAAGGUCUUGGCAUAAGAUAUCCGUUGCAUUUCAUCAAUGCGACGCGGGAGUUGUAUUUCCCCGGGGGACUUCUGGGCGCCAUCAAGACAAACGAUGACGAUGAGGUCAUCUAUGCGGAGGCGAUAAACAUGUUCUACUAUCUCGAAGCGAGCUCGCGUAAGAAGAAACUCCGAGCGGAGCAGUGGGAGAACGAUUUCCUCCGAGCGAUCCCGAAACUCUGUGAAGAAUUGGAAUUUACGAGUUGUGCGUACUUCACGUCGUUAUCGUUGACGCAAGAGCUGGAACACAACACGACGAACGUAGUGCCAUACUUCAGCAUCACAGUUUUCAUCAUGCUCGCUUUCACCGUUUUCACGUGUCUGAUGAGUGAUAACGUGAGAUCGAAGCCGUGGCUUGGCGUCUUGGGUUGUUUUUCGUCCGGAAUCUCUGUGCUAGCUUCAUUUGGAUUUACAAUGUACAUGGGAGUCGAAUUCAUCGCAAUCAACAUGGCAGCUCCUUUCCUCAUGCUCGGUAUCGGUAUGGAUGACACGUUCGUGCUGCUGGCGGCUUGGAGACGAACGGAUCCCCGCAAAUCGGUCGUAGAGCGCAUGGGUGAAACCUACAGCGAUGCCGCCGUUUCCAUCACCAUCACCUCGCUUACGAACUCGAUCAGUUUCACGAUUGGAGCCGUGUCGAUAUUUCCUUCCGUGAAGAUCUUCUGCAUCUACACGGCGAUAUGCGUCGUGUUCACCUACCUGUAUCAGGUUUCGUUCUUCGGCGCUUGUAUAGCAAUAGCAGGUUAUGCCGAACGUCGCAAUCUUCACGGUCUCUUCUGUUUCCCAACUCUGCCCCGCUCACUGUCCAAGGGUAAGCCGUGGUGGUUCAAGCUCCUGUGUACCGGAGGCUUCAACCCGAACGACCCCAAAAACCCGAAGGACAAUGAAGAGCACUGUAUGAUGGUGUUCUUCCGCGACACAUGGGGAGGCAUGCUGAGCAAGGGCUGGGUCAAAGUGACCGUAAUUCUCUGCUUCUUGGUCUACCUGGCAAUCGGAGUCGCGGGUUGCUUCCAGCUCAAAGAAGGACUCGAACGAUACAAAUUGGCUACGGAUUACAGUUACGCCAAGACGUUCUUCAAUGUCGACGAUCACUACUUCAGAAAGUAUCCCUAUCGAGUUCAGCUGUUCACCAAUGUCAGCAUCGACUAUUGGAAUCCGGAGACGCACGAGUACCUAAUGGACGUGCUCGACGACUUUGAGAGCAGCGCCUACGUCGGCAACACAGAGCUAACCGAGUGCUGGUUCAGAGAGUUCCGGCACCAGGCCGAAACGAACGAGCAAGCAAAAGUGUUCCUCGGCUCGUUCGACUUGACCAUAAAAGAAGACUACAUGAAAGCGCUGAAACACAUGCUAAGAGUGAAACCGUUCUCGAUGUUCAGCCGGGACAUUAAAUUCAACGAGGACGGCUCGGAGAUCUUGGCUUCCCGAUGCAUAAUCCAAGCGACGGAUAUCAUCGACGCGAACGACGAGAAGGAGAUGGUGCUCGACUUGCGGCGCAUCGCCGAGAAAUACCCCGAUUUGGACCUGAGCGUUUACCACACUCUGUUCAUUUUCUUCGAUCAAUUCAUCUUGGUACGCAGCACCAGUUUGCAGAACAUUGUGAUCGCUGCUCUGGUGAUGGUCGGAGUGGCCAUAGUGUUCUUGCCGAACCUGUCGUGCGCUUUCUGGGUUUGCUUCUCGAUGGCUUCGAUCGAAAUCGGCGUGCUCGGCUACAUGACCUGGUGGGAGGUGAACCUCGAUUCGAUAUCGAUGGUGAAUCUUAUCAUGUGCAUGGGAUUCUCGGUCGAUUACUCCGCACAUAUUUCCUACGCGUUUCUCACAGCGCCCGAACGGGACCCGAAUGCGAAAAUGCGCGAGGCACUUCACAGCGUGGGAUUGCCAAUCUUUCAGGGUUCCGUCUCCACCAUCCUCGGUAUCAUAGUUCUGGCAUUCGCGCCUAGCUACAUAUUCCGCACUUUCUUCAAGACUGUGUUCUUGGUUAUUGUGUUCGGUGCACUUCACGGCGUCGUCUUGCUCCCCGUCCUCUUGUCGUUGAGUGAGAGCUUGUGCAAGAAGAGCAGCCAGAAGGCAACUUUCGGUCUCGACGAAGAGAACCGGCCCGAUCACGGCCAUGUUGCGUUCAUUUACGGCAGCAGUCCACCGCAGGGCCACCAAUUGUACAAGCCCACUUUCGACAGUAUAGUGAACUUCGAGCCCAAGGGCUCAGAUUUCUACUCGCCGUACGAAACGACGCCAGACGCGACCUAUCUCAACAAGGGCUUGGUUUUGUCCGAGACCGAGGGCGAUCUGCGUCUGGGCAGUCUCGUCACGCCGGGUAAUAUCGUGCCUGAGGCAGGUGAGAAAGUCAACCCUGCUUAUCUCGAGGAAGAAGAAGAGGAGGAAGAUAAGGAGGAAGCUGCUUCUCAGAAGUCAUCCGACAGCGGACUGGCCGACACCGUGGAGUACAGCGGACAGAAGAAAGAGCCUCAGUCGGCAAACAUGUACCAUAUGUAG